CGGAUGUUUGUCACUGACGCACGCUCGUGGUGUUGUAACGUGAUUUCCGCAACUGUAACAGGGUCACGUUUGUAGCGCAAACUCGAGAAGAAUUCGUUCAGUUGUCACAUUCAUCUUUUAGCGUCUGUUUGCAUAAAGACUGAACAUGCUCAGGACGGUGGUGUGUCGGGCAGGGAGCGGCCUUUUAAAGCAUUCACGGCAAACCGUGCCUGCUUUGUGGGGGAGCCGAGCUCAGCAGCGAUGGGCUUCCAGCCUCCCUAUGAACACUGUGGUUCUGUUCGUACCCCAGCAGGAAGCUUGGGUAGUGGAGAGGAUGGGCCGUUUCCACCGAAUCCUGGAACCAGGUCUAAACUUCUUAAUUCCCAUCUUGGACCGAGUUAAAUAUGUUCAAAGCCUUAAAGAGAUAGUGAUCGAUGUGCCAGAGCAGUCAGCAGUUUCCCUCGACAACGUGACAUUGCAGAUAGAUGGAGUUUUAUAUCUCAGGAUACUCGACCCGUUUAAGGCCAGUUAUGGAGUGGAGGACCCAGAAUAUGCCGUCACCCAGCUGGCACAGACCACCAUGAGAUCAGAGCUGGGAAAACUGACCCUGGACAAAGUGUUUAGGGAAAGAGAGUCCCUGAAUGCCAAUAUGGUCCACUCGAUAAACCAGGCAUCAGAUGAUUGGGGGAUUCGAUGUCUUCGAUACGAGAUCAAAGACAUUCACGUUCCUCCACGAGUAAAAGAGUCUAUGCAAAUGCAGGUGGAGGCCGAGCGGAAGAAGAGAGCCACUGUUCUGGAGUCAGAGGGGACGAGGGAGGCGGCCAUCAAUGUGGCCGAGGGGCGCAAACAGGCUCAGAUUCUGGCGUCUGAGGGACAGAAGGCCGAACAGAUUAACAAAGCUGCUGUAAUCUUCCCAACACUGAUUAUGGGACAGCGACUAUCUCGAGAGAAAGCGGAGGAAGGAGGUGAGUUCACCACUGACACCCACCGACCACACGGCGGCGCUCCAACCUCAUCCUGA